AGAUCUGGGCAGGGAGCACUUGUAGCAAGUCAGGGUGGCUCCGAUUCCCUGCAGCCCAGUGGGGUCCUCCCCCCUCUCUGUUUCAGCCCUGCCUGGAUGUUUCUUGCUCUUGUUAAUUGCCCCAGGCUGGGGGCGGGGGAUGCUCUUACCAGCUGUUCCAAGGCUCUGUAUUGCCCCGAGCUAAGAGCUGCUCUGCUGCUGGUGCCUGCGGGCCCUGAGCUCAGACCCAGGCGUGCACUACUGACAGAGACAGUCUGGGGCAUGGAUCACCUGCCUAGCAGCCCCCUGCCGACCCCCAGACUCCCUGCAUGAGGAAGUGCUGUGCGGCUUGCAGUGCUUCUCGGGCGCAGUAACCACUCUUAGUACCGGAGCAUUUUUACAAAGAGCCUGUCCUUGGACACCAGAGCAGCAGCACCCUUGGAAAUGCUUACAGCUCUGGGAGGCUAUGACUUGUCUUGAUGCAUAAGGCAGACCAGGACUCAGCUGUGUUCCAAGUGCAGAAUCUUCCUUACUGGCAAUGCGUGGCCAGAACGGACCCAGGUCUGUUCUUGUGUGAGAGUUCCCAUCUGAGUGGAUUUGAUGUCUUACUCCGAUUCGCUUGCCUCCUCCAUUGUUGUGAGGACAAGAUAUAUGAGGGACCAAACGCUCCGCAGACACUAAGCAGACUGAGCCAGCCAGGAGUGGGAAAGGAUGCCGAUACCUCCUCCCCCUCCACCACCUCCUGGCCCCCCUCCGCUGCCAACCUUUCAUCAGGCAAACAGCGAGCUCCCGAAGCUGAGCCGAGAGGAGCAGCGAGGUAGAGGAGCCCUGCUCCAGGAUAUCUGCAAAGGGCCCAGACUGAGAAAGGUGACGCAGGUCAAUGACCGGAGCGCUCCAGUCCUGGAGAAACCCAAGGGAGGAGGCGGUGGUGGCUCCAGCUCUGUCUUGCUCCAGCCCAAAGGCAGCCUCUUCCAAGGGGGUGUCCCUAAGCUCAGACCCGUCGGAGUGAAGGACAACUCAGACAGCUCCUCCGGCAAGCAAUCGCUGCAGGUUCCUGGCUCCAGAUCAGCAGCCCCGCGGCCCCCGGUGCCUGUGACCAACAGCCGACCUCACGAUGACUCCGACAACAACCGGGCUUCCCCCCCCGAGCUUCCCCGGAUGCAGAGACCCUCCUUGCCUGACCUUUCCCGGCCCAACAGUGCCAGCAGUACCGGCAUGAAACACAGCUCGUCUGCCCCUCCGCCCCCGCCUCCAGGCCGCCGAGCCAACGCGCCCCCCGCCCCGCCUCCGAUGCAUGGCAGCAAAGCGCCUUCUUAUAACCGGGAGAAGCCAUUACCGCCAACUCCAGGACAGCGGCUCCCCGUGAGCCGGGAUGGCCCCCCAGCACCGCCCCCCAUCAAGCCCCCUCCUUCCCCAGUGAAUGUCCGAACGGGGCCAAGUUCUCAGAACCAGUCUCUAGCUCCCCCUCCGCCCCCCUAUCGGCAGCCCCCUGGCGUUCACAAUGGCCCUUCCAGCCCCACCAAUGAGCUGGCCCCAGAGCUGCCUCAGAGACACAACUCUUUGCAUAGGAAGACCCCGGGCCCCAUGAGGGGCAUGGCUCCUCCUCCACCCUCUUCGGCCUCCCCGUCGCUCCAGAGUAAUCGACCCCCUCCGCCGGCCCGAGACCCUCCGAGCAGGGGAGCAGCCCCUCCACCCCCGCCCCCACUGAUGCGGAAUGGUGGUCGUGAGGCUCCCCCACCCCCACCCCCCUACAGAAUGCAUGGGUCAUCAGAGCCUCUGAGUCGAGGGAAACCUCCGCCCCCACCUACCAGGACACCGGCUGGGCCGCCCCCUCCACCUCCCCCAGUGCGAAAUGGGCACAGAGAUUCCAUCGCCACCGUGAGAUCUUUCUUGGAUGACUUUGAGUCCAAAUAUUCCUUUCAUCCCAUCGAAGACUUUCCAGCUCCGGAAGAGUAUAAACACUUCCAGAGAACUUACCCCAGCAAAACGAACCGAGCGACCCGGGGGGCCCCGCCGCUGCCUCCCAUCCCCAGGUGAAGUCCAGCUGCAUUGCCUGGUUGUUCCUUGGCGAGGAGAUGGACCUUCUCUCCUUUCCUUGAAUGGACUCCCCCGCCCCUAGGAACCUGCAUGAGAAGCUCCCAGUGUCUCGUUUUGUUUUUCCAAUGAUACAAGGAACAGACAAACCCAGAUGAAUCCCCUCUCACCUCCAUCUAUGCAUUUCAUACCUGGACUUACCUGGGUGAGUCCCUUCCUCCACUUUAGAGCUGCAGAUCUGCGGGCUGCGCUGGGAGGAGGCUUCCUGCACCACUCUGCAGAUCUGUGCAAAAAGACUCUCCUGGUCCACAAGGUUAAUAUAACGUAGGAUGAACUCCAAGCCAGCGUGGGAUGGCUUUGGGGCCAGAAACCAGUGUGAUGCAGCCAGUACCCCCCGGUGCUCUGCGAUAGGGUAGGGGUGAGGGGCAUGUGGGGUGGGGUGGGGGGUCAGA